AUGGAAAUGAUAGGUGCUGGGACAAGUGAAACACGAAUUAUAGGAAUCCACGGGAUGGGUGGCAUUGGAAAGACAACUGCUGCCAAAAUGAUCUACAAUAAGCUUUCACAUGACUUUGACAUUGUUGCUUUCUUCAAGAUAUUCGAGAAACAUCAAAAGGUAAUGGCAUUCAAUACUUACAAGCUCAGCUCAUCUCUGACAUCCUCAAAACAAAAUGGAUAUAAAGACAUUCAUGAAGGUACUCAGAUGAUUAAAGACCGGUUGUCUAAUAAAAGAGUCCUCUUCCUUCUUGAUGAUGUGGAACAAGCGAAUCACAUUGAUGCACUUGUAGGUAAACGUGAUUGGUUGGGCAAAGGGAGCAAAAUUAUUAUCACUACAAGAAAAAAAGAUAUUCUUGAGGUUCCUGAAGUGGACUACAGUUAUGAGCUUAGUGCCAUGGAUGUUGAUCAAUCUCUUCAACUAUUUAGCAAACAUGCCUUUAGAAAAGAUUAUCCUUUGGAUAAGUAUAUUGGCCAAUCCAAGAGGGCAAUAGGCAUUGCUGGAGGCCUUCCACUAGCUCUUGAGAUCAUAGGCUCACUAUUAUGUCACACUAAAAGGAAAUGUGGGAUCUCACAUUGA